CAGUCUCCUUCCCCCGCGUGCAGCCCCUGCAUCCCAGAACCGGGCCAUGAAGCGCAGCCGGCAAGUGACAUGCGUGGCGUGGGUCAGCAAAGGCAUCGCCAAGGAGACCCCAGAUAAGGUAGAGCUCGACAAGGACGAGGUGAAGCGGCUCAUUGAUGAAGCGAAGGAGAAAAUAAGAGCCCUGGACAGCGGUGACGACGAUGACGAAGGGGAUGCCGCAGGGGACGAUGCAGGCCCUGCCCCUGUCCGGGCUCAGGCAGGGGAGCCCCCCUCAGAGGGGCACCCAGAGGACGAUGAGCUUGCCGAAUACGAGAUGGACAAAUACGAUGACGAGGAGGAAGCAGGUGCUGAGGCUCUCAGAGAGUCUCUCCUGGGGCUCACAGUCUAUGGGAAUAAUGAUGAAGACCCCUACGUUACCCUUAAAAACACAGAGCAGUAUGAACAUGAGGAUUUCCUGAUUAAGCCUGGUGACAAUCUCAUCGUUUGUGGCCGGGCGGAAGACGACCAGUGCAGCCUGGAGAUCCAUGUUUAUAACCAGGAGGAGGACUCGUUCUACGUGCAUCACGACAUCAUCCUGUGUGCGUACCCGCUCAGCGUGGAGUGGCUGAACUUUGAUCCGAGCCCUGACGAGGCCCCUGGAAACUAUGUGGCCGUGGGCACCAUGUCCCCCGUGAUCGAAGUGUGGGACCUCGAUAUUGUGGACUCUUUAGAGCCAGUGUUCUCCCUUGGGAGCAAAUCUGGGAAGAAGAAGAAGAAGAAAGGGAAAAAGAGCCAAACAGCUGAAGAGACGCCAGAAGGACACACGGAUGCUGUUCUCGAUCUUUCAUGGAAUAAGUUAAUCAGAAACGUGCUGGCCAGUGCGUCUGCCGACGGCACCGUAAUCCUCUGGGACAUGUCUCUGGGGAAGCCCGCGGCCAACCUGACCCUGCACACAGACAAGGUCCAAACGCUGCAGUUCCAUCCGUUUGAGCCACAGACCCUCAUCUCGGGAUCCUACGACAAGUCUGUGGCCUUGUACGACUGCCGGAGUCCCCAGGAGAACCACCGCCUCUGGAAGUUCAGCGGGCAGGUGGAGAGGGUGACGUGGAAUCACUUUUCUCCCUGCAACUUCUUGGCCAGCACGGAGGACGGCUUUGUGUACAACCUGGACGCACGUUCAAAUAAGCCGAUCUUUACUCUCAAGGCACACGAUGAAGAAGUUUCUGGACUUGAGCUGAGCAGUCAGGUGAAGGGCUGCCUCGUGACCACUUCAUCGGACAAGUAUGUCAAGAUUUGGGACAUAUUAGGAGACAAGCCGAGUCUGGUCCACUCCAGAGAAAUGAAAAUGGGCAUCCUGUUCUGUACCUCCUGCUGCCCAGACUUGCCUUUUAUCUAUGCAUUUGGGGGUCAGAGAGAAGGGCUGCGGGUCUGGGACAUCGGCGCCAUCUCUUCAGUGAAUGAAGUUUUUGGCCAUCGAGAGCAGCUGAUCGUCUCCAAUCCUUCCCGCUCGCUGGUCAGCGGCUCGCUCAGCCUCGCGGGGAGGGACAGCGGCGACUCGGAGACGGCCAUGGAAGCUUAAUAAACCCUCGUCAUCUCUC